UUAGCUGGGAUGGGGUAUAUUGGGAGGAAAGAGUAUUAUCUCAUAAGAGGCUCAAGCUGCUUGAAGCUCCAUAGAGAAGAGGAAGUGAGCGAUCAGAAGCAUUGUAAGGCUGUGAUUGUGUCUGCUGUGUCAGGCCACUCUCAGACAGGAAGGGGUUUUGUGUUGAAAUAGGUUGCUGAGUGCAUGUCUGGAGAUGUCACUUGCAACUGGAUGACUUGACAAUGCUGCAAUGCCAGAAUGAGAGAUGAGGUAAAAACUGGAACUACUUUCAUGGACUUGACAUGCAGCAUUGAGCUCGAAGGAUGUUUCGGUUCAUAUAUGUAUUGAACUUUAUUUAAGUACAGAGAUGCCCUUAUUCUUUGUGGAGACAAGUUGCAGCCUCAUUGGCUGGCUCUUUCUGUAUGUGUUGCUGUGUCAUUUGAAUGGUGAGAAAGAUAAUGAGUGGAACUGCAGACUGGUAACUCUGAUCCAUGGCAUCCUGAUAGUCUGUGUGACUGCCUACAUUGGGUUUAUUGCUGGGCCAUGGCCUUUCACACACCCAGGCACUGAAAACACAUCACACCAGAUCCUGGCUCUGGUGCUCAGCCUGGGAUACUUCCUCUUUGACAUGGCUUGGUGUGUGUACUUCCGGACAGAGGGUCCGGUGAUGCUGGCCCACCACACCAUGAGCAUCCUUGGGAUCCUGCUUGCUCUUGGACUGGGUGAGUCGGGCAUCGAGACCUGUGCCGUUCUCUUCGGCAGCGAGAUUACCAACCCGCUCUUGCAGGCUCGCUGGUUCCUGAAGCGUAUGGGCCGCUAUGACAGUUUGACUGGAGAUGUUGUGGACCUGCUCUUCAUUGUCCUAUUUGCCUCUGUGAGGAUCGGUGUUGGGAGCAGAAUGCUGUACUGUGAGUUGUCCUCCCCAAAGCCAUCACUAAUUGUGAAAGUAGGUGGGGUGGCUAUUUACUCCCUCUCGUGGAUCUUCAUGGUAGACAUUGCACGAUUUGCCUGCCGGAAAACUCGAGCCAAAUACAGGCGAUGGACAGAACAAUUCAAACUGGAUGAUGUCAGAGGACCUGCUGCUAAAGUGCAAUAGGUCGUUCUGCAUUUGUGUUUGUACAUUUGCAUAACUGUUGAUGUAUGUGUAGCUAGACGUUAUUACCACGAAACCUAACCAAAGUACAUAAAAAGGAUUUUGGGUAACACUUUACAAUAAGGGUUCAUUUGUUAACAUUAUUUAAUGCACAAGGUUUCCUGAAGAAUAUUUUUUUACACAAUUUAUUAAUUUGGGCUGAUGCUAAUUUAGGAAGUUAGUUAAUUCAUAUUAGUUCAUUGUGCAUUAACUAAAAUUAACAUAUAGGCUACAACUUUUAAUGUUUAAAAUGUAUUAGAUAUGUUGGAAUUCAUGAUUAAUAUAAGUGCUUCAAAAUUAUUGUUCAGUGUUUGUUCGUCAACGAGUGUUGUUAAGUAAUGUUAAUGUUAACCUUAUUGUAAAGUGCUACUGAAUUUUGUAUGUAAGCUUAUUUAGGCCAGUUGUUGAUUUGUUUUUGUCCUGCUAAUAUGUUUACUUGGUCUACAAAAAAAAAACAAACAAAAAAAAAACAUUGCUUGUAGGAACAUAUUUUAUUUGUUAGAAAGAAAAAGCAUUAGGUCAAUGA